AUGGCCGGCAAGAAAACCGAGGAGAAGGAGCCCGGUCUUUUCGUCAGUGACGACGAGGACGACAACGAUUCUGUCGGCGGCAAAGAGAAUCCCGGCAAUGAGGAGGAGGACGAGGAGGAUUAUCACGACAGCGAUACCGAUUCGUACGUCAGCACAAUCGACGCCAAUGGUAACCCAAUCGCCUACAACGGCCGUGGCGGAGAGAUCGACCCCCACCACGGCUGUACUCGCACCUCCUUCGCGAGCGAUGGCCAGGAGUACACCGGCAACGCCAUCCGCCGCUGCAAGGCGGUCGCUUACAACCCCAUCUACGCCACGUGGUGCUUCUGCAUCCGCCACAAGCGGUGCAAGCCCGAGAUCAACUUCACGGACAGGAACGGCCGUAUCACGUGCCGUAGCUGCCACGACUGCCGAGCCGCGUCUGAGACUCGCAACACCAAGGACAAGCGCCUGCGCAAGAAGUUGAUGGCUAAAAAGGUGAAGGAGUGGCGGAGCAAGGCCUUGCCCGGCCACCGGUUCCACUACGGAAAGCCGACGAAGGAGCAGCCUCGUCGUAACCCCGACUCGGACGACGAGGAUCUCGGCGGCAAGGGCGGCUCGUCUGGUGGUGGAAUCGCCGGCACCCUCAUCGCUGGCCAGUGA